UCCUCACCAUCUGGCUGCUGCUUCGGCCAUAGGCAUAGCGUAUUACGGAGUAGGCCUUCAUCGACAACACGGCAGGCUGUUCUGCUCUGUCUGAGUCUGACUGACCCAUUUGCAUCGGCCUGGCCUGUCGUCCCAUUCUCGUUCCCAUUCCAGACUCGAAUUUUUGGUGUCACACACCCCUCCCCUGGUCUCCAAAUCCCCCCCAGUUCUCAGUCCCCAGUCCAUCACUAUGUAGCAUUACCUUUGCACCUUCCUGGACGUGACACCAAGACUGAUAAAAGGUCCUCGUCUCGCCCUCACUUUCUGCCUUGCCACUCUUCCUUCCUCACGAGCUUCCUCGCCAACAACUCUCCCGACAAGCUUCCUCUCGUCCUCCCCUUUCCCACACAAUCAGCUCGAAUCAUCGCCAAGCUCCCGAGGCGAACAACAUCAGCAACACCCUCCACAAUGGAGAAAGAAACCGGCGUUACGCGCGAGCCCGUCCAGGGCCUCGCCGUCACCGACAAUGUCGACCAGAUCGAGGCUCCCGUCACAUGGAAGGCCUACCUGAUCUGCGCCUUUGCCUCCUUCGGAGGUAUCUUCUUCGGAUACGACUCCGGUUACAUUAACGGUGUCCUGGGUUCCAUCAACUUCAUCGAGGCCGUCGAGGGCGACGGUGCCACCGCCAUUGGCGAAUCUGACACCUCCCUCAUCGUCUCUAUUCUCUCCUGCGGUACUUUCUUCGGUGCUCUGAUUGCUGGUGACGUUGCCGACUGGAUGGGACGCAAGUGGACUGUUAUUCUCGGCUGCUUCAUCUACAUGAUCGGUGUCGUAAUCCAGAUGAUCACUGGUGUCGGCUCUUCUCCUCUUGCUCCCAUCGUUACCGGCCGUCUCAUUGCCGGUAUCGGUGUGGGUUUCGAGUCCGCUGUUGUCAUUUUGUACAUGUCUGAGAUUUCUCCCAAGAAGGUUCGCGGUGCUCUCGUCGCCGGUUACCAAUUCUGCAUCACUAUCGGUCUCCUGCUCGCUGCCUGCGUCGUCUACGGCACCAAGGACCGCACCGACACUGGCGCCUACCGCAUUCCCAUCUCCAUCCAGUUCCCCUGGGCUCUGAUUCUUGGAGGUGGUCUGAUGCUGUUCCCCGACUCUCCCAGAUACUUCGUCAAGAAGGGCAGACUCGCCGAUGCUGCCGCCUCCCUUUCCAAGCUUCGUGGCCAGCCCGAGAACUCAGAGUACAUCCAGGUCGAGCUUGCUGAGAUCGUCGCCAACGAGGAGUACGAGCGCCAGCUCAUUCCCUCUGCCACUUGGUUCGGCUCAUGGGCCAACUGCUUCAGCGGAUCCGUCUUCAAGGCCAACUCCAACUUGCGCAAGACCAUCCUCGGUACUUCCCUCCAGAUGAUGCAGCAGUGGACUGGUGUCAACUUCAUCUUCUACUACUCGACUCCCUUCCUCCAGUCUACCGGUGCCAUCAGCAACACCUUCUUGAUCUCCCUCGUCUUCACGCUCGUCAACGUCUGCUCCACCCCCUUGUCUUUCUGGACUGUCGAGCGCUUCGGCCGCCGCACCAUCCUUCUUUGGGGUGCUGCUGGUAUGACCAUCUGCCAGUUCCUCGUUGCCAUCAUCGGUGUCACUGUCGGUUUCAACCACACCCACCCCGACCCCGCCGAUGCUACCAAGAGCAUUGCCGACAACAUUCCCGCCGUCAACGCCCAGAUCGCCUUCAUCGCCAUCUUUAUCUUCUGGUUCGCCUCCACCUGGGGACCCGGUGCCUGGAUUCUCAUCGGUGAGGUCUUCCCUCUGCCUAUCCGCUCCCGCGGUGUUGCUCUGUCCACUGCCUCCAACUGGCUCUGGAACACCAUCAUUGCCGUGAUCACCCCCUACAUGGUUGGUGAGAAGCGUGGCAACCUCAAGUCUUCCGUCUUCUUCGUCUGGGGUGGUCUCUGCACCUGCGCCCUUGUCUACACCUACUUCCUGGUCCCCGAGACCAAGGGUCUGUCCCUGGAGCAGGUUGAUAAGAUGAUGGAGGAGACUACUCCCCGCACUUCUGCCAAGUGGAAGCCCCAUGAGACCUUCGCCUCCCAGGUCGCCCGCAAUGGCGUCCUCGACAAGGUCCACGUCGACAACAUUGAGCGUCGCACUUCCAACGUCUAAGUGCGCGUCUAUCUUAAUGUCCAUUUUCAAUUUUAUCUAUACCCCUAGUCUACUACCCGUCUUACCGGGUGAAUAACCUGGAGGCAUCUCUGAAGCUGGGUCCGAUUUGGACACAUCUUAACAACUUGUAAUGCGAAAUGUUGAUGUGGAAUGCAUGGCGCGUGGGGGAUAACUUAGUCGUCACGGUUGU